CGGCCAUCUUAGGCAUAAAACCGGCCCCCGACGCGUUAACUGGAGCCGAGCUCCGCCCCUCUGCUGCUAAGCAUUCCUGGGCUCUGCAUAUGCCUUCCCGCCUUCCGCCUAAAGCCCACCCCCUUCAAUCCGUUUUCCUUGCCACUUGCCUCCAUUGCACUUUUGUGUUUAUCUAUGCCCUCCGCUUCCUCUGAGUAUUGUACCUUACCCUGAGCACCCGCUCUCACGUUCGAUAUUCCCCUGACCCCGCCAAUCUCCGAUCUUGGUCACUGUUUAUCCUGCUUUGACUGGCCCUGUCCCCGGGUAUGGCAAAUCUAUUGAUUGAUGGUCCUCUUCCCCCAAGAACGCUAACACAGCAGCCGUCCUCUGAGGCUCUGGAUGUCUUUAUUCUUCAAAUAGCUUUCCCUUUCCAAUGGCUCCAGGGACCCUCCAUUCCCCACAUCCAGGAAAAUGUGAUGCGCUACAGGUAUCAGCUUCUAGAACACCACUCACAUUCUAGCCACAAGUGAGGAGUGGAAGAUCCAGGGGCAGAAGAGGCACGCCAUCAAGAAGAUGUCUAAAGAAAUGGCAGACCAAAGAGAAGAAGCUGGAGAAAAAGAGAUAUGUGGAGAGCAAAUCAAAGGACCGGACAAAGAGGAGGAACCACCAGCUACAUCAUCCCAUGGCCAGGGGUGGCGUCCAGGUGGCAGAGCACCUAGGAACUCAAGGCCUGAACCUGGGGCCAGAUCCCCUGCUCUCCCAGCAAUGGUCAAUGACCCACCAGUACCUGCCUUACUGUGGGCCCAGGAGGUGGGCCAAGUCUUGGCAGGCCGUGCCCGCAGGCUGCUGCUGCAGUUUGGGGUGCUCUUCUGCACCAUCCUCCUCCUGCUUUGGGUGUCUGUCUUCCUCUAUGGCUCCUUCUACUAUUCCUACAUGCCAACGGUCAGCCACCUCAGCCCAGUGCAUUUCUAUUACAGGACUGAUUGUGAUUCCUCCACCACAUCACUCUGCUCUUUCCCUGUUGCGAAUGUCUCAUUGGCUAAGGGUGGACGUGAUCGGGUCCUGAUGUAUGGACAGCCAUAUCGCAUUACAUUAGAGCUGGAACUGCCAGAGUCCCCUGUGAAUCAAGAUUUGGGCAUGUUCUUGGUCACCGUUUCAUGCUACACCCGAGGCGGCCGAAUCAUCUCUACUUCUUCACGCUCGGUGAUGCUGCAUUACCGUUCAGAUCUCCUCCAGAUGCUUGACACACUGGUUUUCUCUAGCCUCUUACUGUUUGGCUUUGCAGAACAGAAGCAGCUCCUGGAGGUGGAGCUCUAUGCAGACUAUAGAGAGAACUCGUAUGUGCCAACUACCGGAGCGAUUAUCGAGAUACACAGCAAGCGCAUCCAGAUGUACGGAGCCUACCUUCGCAUCCAUGCUCACUUCACUGGGCUCAGAUACCUGCUGUACAACUUCCCAAUGACCUGCGCCUUCAUAGGUGUUGCCAGCAACUUCACCUUCCUCAGUGUCAUCGUGCUCUUCAGCUACAUGCAGUGGGUGUGGGGGGGCAUCUGGCCCCGACGUGGCUUCUCUUUGCAGGUUAACAUCCGAAAAAGAGACAGUUCCCGAAAGGAAGGCCAGGGAAAGAUCUCUACCCAUCAGCCAGGCACAGGGUCUGAAGGCCAGGAGGAAUCAACCCAGCAAUCAGAUGUUACAGAGGAUGGUGAGAGCCCUGAAGACCCCUCAGGGACAGAGGGUCAGUUGUCUGAGGAAGAGAAACCUGAUCAGCAGCCCCUGAAUGGGGAGGAAGAGCUGGAGCCUGAGGCCAGUGAUGGUUCAGGCUCAUGGGAAGAUGCAGCUCUGCUGACUGAGGCCAACCUGCCUGCUCCUGCCUCUACUCCUGCCCUUGCCCCGGAGACCCUGGGCAGCUCUGAACCCUCUGUGGGUGCUGUUAGACAGCGCCCCACCUGCUCUAGUUCUUGAAGAAAAGGGCAGAUUCCUCACAUUCCAGCACUUUCUUACCUGACCCCUUUCACCUUGUUUUCCCUUCAAUAAAGUAUUUUGGAGCCAGCUA